CGCCCAUCGCGCCGCGCUCCUGCGCAACGCCAUGCACAGCAACGCGGAUCUUAUAGGUGUUGGUGGAGGUGGGGAAGGGGGUCUGAUGAGCCCCAGCAUGGAGCUGGCUGGGGAGCAGAUGAUGGCGCGUAUCAUGGCUACGGGCGGCAUAGUGGACAGAGACGAGAGGAGACGAGGCAGCGUAGCGCUGGGCAGGAUCACGCCCCUCGGCAGGAUAAACGAAGACGACGAGGAACGAAGUCCUGCCAGUGCCGACCACAGCAAGGGCGACGGCGAGGAUGACGAGGGUCCUGACCAUCGUCUGUGCUCAGGUCUCACCAUCAGCGAGGAGAAGAUGGUCGUCAUCAAGGAGGGGAAAGUCAUUGAGAUCGAGAGUGGUCAAGUGCUUCUUGAAGGGCAAAAAGUUAUUGAUUUAGAGGAAGGGAAGAUGGUCGAGCUCGCUGAUGGUAAAGUUGUGGGCCUCGAGGGCGGUAAACUACUUGAGUUUGAAGGCGAUAAUUACAUGAGUGAUAAUUACGGCGAUGAUAACAGCAAAUUCCCGGUGCAUGAGCGCUAUGUCAUGGGCGGGGGCGAGCAGUAUUCCUACAGCCGCGACGGCUCCAGGAACAAUAAACCUAUGGCGUAUAUGGGCGAUAAAUAUCAUGGCAACGAUGGUGGUGGGGUACUCAAGCAUUACGAUAACAAAUAUCGUGACGAGGAAAGCUAUGACAAUUUGUGCAAAGAUCAAUACGUGGGCGCCUACACCGAGCAGAGCCUGUACCGCCACCAGACUGAAUACGACCAACUGCCCUACGCGGCCUCGUAUCAUCGACCUCCUGCCAACUUCGCUGGUCCCUCCAUGGGUUACGGACCACCACAGAACUGCUUGUCCAUGCCGCGUGGAGGCCAAAAUUCCAGCCAUUGUAGCUCUAUGACAGGAAGCCUCUACGCCCCUCUAGUUGCCAACGCUCCUCCGCCCGGAGGCCACACAACUCCAGCACAAUACAAGAGUCUGUCAGGCGCCGGCCCCUACACCAGCCCUCUUCCUCCUCCCGCUCAGCAGUACUUGCAUAUCAGUGCACAGCGGCAGCAGCAGCGGCAGCAGCAGUAGUGCCAUAAGAACAAUUAGCUGUAGUCAAGCUGCCGUACAGGGAGAGCAUAUAACGCCAUAGAUGACAAUCCUUCAAACAAGGAAUUGGAUUCAGCGCGUUGGACUCUCUUAGUUUGCGAAGCGCUGUGGCCAUGAUUCCUGUAUGCCAUUAUCGGUACAGCGAUCCCUCGGUAAUGGAUUCUAAGUAUUGAUAUUUUUGAGUUAGUAUAGACAUAGCGCCCAGCCUGUGAGCAGUCCGAUGGGACGAGCUGAGAAUGUGCUACCUGAAAUGCAGAGCUCCAUAUCGUUGCAUCCUCGUUACUUCAUUUCAACGUUGGUAUUGUUUGUACGUUCUUCAACAAACCUUCUACUUGUUGUUGCAAGGUCGAUGUCCCACUUUAAUUUUUGUACAGAUAGAUUUUCGUGCCCAGUAUUGAACAAGCGAUUUCUACUUCUUUCCGUUGGUAAUGUUAGGAAGCUAAUAAUGUACGUAACUAAUUUUAUUCUAAUUUAUGCUGUGGUGCGGAUUAUGCGUAUAUCAUGACCCUACUACGAAGAUAUUGUCAGGAAAAUUAAUCAUUUCGUUGUGGAUACAAAACAUGUCUCUAUUGUUAGUGCAACUAAUCUAGAUUAUAUUGAAGAGAGCAGCAAAUUGUGUUUUAUCUCUCAGGAACACUUGCAGAGCUGAUAAUGCGUAUCCUGAAGAUUCUAAGCGUGUUGAGUGUGAUGAAACCGGUGCCAAAAAAUCAUCGAAUUAUCAAACCUGAGGAACCUCACUGGUUGCCACGAGCUCCGUGUCUCUUGGUUGUAUGGUUAAAUUUGCCCUCACAUAAUCAGAAAAUAGUAUCCCUCUACACAUCUAAUAUUGCUAAAAUCAAAUUCGAUUUAAUUAUGAGUUAGUUGAACAAUUUGUACUGUGCUACUAUGCCUGUGGGUUCCAUCUCGCCGGACUGAUCUGAACAUUGAACUCGGUCGCUGUCUCAAUAAUAUAAAUUUUGGUUUGAAAUCCGUUGCCUGCAGGGAUUUGAUGCUUUUUUUCCCAUGCUUAUUAACUGUUAAGUAAUUGAAUGUAUACAGAAAGUAUUAUGGCGAGAAUAAUGACAUGAUAUUACUUUUAUGAACCUUACGAACGAGGCGUUUAGGGGCUUCUCAUUUUAUUGCAUGGAUUAAACGCAAAGAUUUUUUCUAGUGUCAGUUUUUGUGUUUGCUUUUGAAUGUCUUCAGGUCUUCUAGUCUUUGUAUGAUAUUUACUAUGCUCAUAGCUUCCCUGUUGUGGGCAUAUGUUCUAAAUUAGUUUAAUUACGAAUAAUUAAGCUUAUUGGGCUGUAAGUUUGAAAUGAUCUUUAUUAUGUUAUUGGUGCCGUGUUGGAGCUUUGGCUUAUCAGAUUAAGUUCACGUAGAAUGAAUCUAACGUCUAAGUUGUAAUUAAAGUUUUUUUUUGCAGUGGUGUUAAAGUUUUUUUUGCGGUUGUGCACUCUUUUUUUGCAUUCACUUUGUCUCUAUUUGAACUGUUCACCAACUUAUUUCUGAAUAAACUGAGUCGCCGUUUUGCCAGGAAAUUAUCUGCCGUGUAUAUUUUUAAAUGAUGUCUGAAUAUUUUCUGAACACCGCUGUUUGCUCUCAUUGUCCGCAUUAUCCAAUUAAAGACACAAAUUUGCACCCUCACCCGCUUUCAGCAUCGUAUGCGUGAGCCUAGAUACUUAAUUUUAUGCAUGAUAAUUUAAUACAUUACCUACUAUAUUUUAUGAACAGCUUAAUAUAAAAAAGUUCUCUUAUCUUGGAGGCAACACUUUCUUCCAAAUGUACUUCCAUAUAAACUGCAGCUUUAACAAACUUAGUUUAAGUGUGAUUCUUUUUUUUAAGUCUAACUGCGAGAUGGAGAGCUCAUUUAACUAUGUUCUUAUUAAGGAGAAAACUCUUAACAAACUAGAAUCUCUUACACAACGUUUGAUCUUCUUUCCCUCUUCCAUUCCUGCCAGCAUUUGUAUCUUAUUUGUAAGGCUCUUCGUUAUGGUAAGAUAUUGGCGAUGUUCCUUUGCCUCUAUAUGUUCUAUCUUUUCUAUUGUAUUCGUUUUCAUUUAGACCAAUUAUUUGCUUAGUUACUCCAUCGAAUUAUUUCAAAUACUUUCUGGGUCUUUGAUUCGCAUUAGUUAUUGAAGUUAUGCUCAAAAAAUUAUUCUUGAAGCUUAUAUAAGUGCGUAUUUCUUAAGACAACAGAACGAGAUUCAUCACCUACAUUUCAGCCAUGACCUAAUUCUGCCUUGCAGAAUACCUCAAAUUCACUCUAAUAUUUAUCAAUAAUCUAUUUCAAGUCUAAAGCGAGGAAUCUCAUCUUCUGCCUUCUACUAACAUGACUUUCUUGAGAGACUUUUAUUUACUCUAAGUUAACAUUUUGCGCCCUUAAGUGCAUAAUAAGGAGGAGUCGUAGUAAUUGUUUCGACCAAAGUUUCUGUUACAGAUAACCGUAGUACUAAUUAUCCGACCGUAGUAGUUUCGACAGAUAACCGUAGUACUAAUUGUCAAUACUUUAUUCUAGACUUCAAGACACCUUACUAAUUGCUUGUGGCGAACUCUCAAUCGUAAUCAAUGAUCUAUUGUUCACUCAUAACUACUUAGAAAGACUCAUUGUAUUUCUUGAAUGAGGAUUAGGAUCACUGAUUGCUUGAAUCUAAAUUCGACUGAAGAACAGCUAAGAAAAUGUACGUAAAAUUCGCCAUAUCUUUAUAUCUUGUUGUAUUGUGCCCCGUUUAAUUUGGAUCUUAGUAACUUACAUAAAAUACUGAACAUUAUUGAGGGUUGUCUACUUAUAACUCAUUUCAUAUCGUCCUUGCUGAACGUUUGCCUCUAAGAUUUAUUUCGCAGCAAGUUUCUGAUGUUAAGUCUCGUGUGCUACUGCCAUUUGCUCUUCCCCUGCGAGGCGUGUCGAUGUCACUUAAGAUCUAAGCUGCAGAGCUUUCUAUGUGCCAAUGUGCAAUAAUCUCACUAGUUUGUAUAAAGAGGAUUCUUUGCUCUAUGAUUCCAUGUGUCUGAGUGUCUUUACAUAGUUUUAAGACCUCCAUUUUUUGCUAUCGUCUUCGGAUCUUCGUGUAAAGUUACGUUUAUUAUUGUGCCUGAUUCUCAUGAGACGGUAGCAGAGAAUCAGCGUGUCGGGUGCGAGGGACUGGUAGCUUUACUGGCGAUGCGAGAGCUGAGUAGUGAUGGACAUGUUUAGAAAUAUCGUGGCUUCGUCAAGGGGAUUGAUGGCGGUCGAAAGUUGCUUCAAUAUGGUGGAUUUUCUGACAGAGAACAGGCUGGUGGGCGCAUUUGUCGCCACAAGUCUUAACCCCAACUAUAAAAAAAAAUAUGGUGGAUUGGUGGUGUUUGGUUGACGCUUAUCGGUAGUGGACUGAUGGUGUUUGAAAGCAAAUUUAAGUUGGUUGAUUGGUGGCUGCUUCAAGAUAGUGGAAAUAGCGAUGGCAGUCUUGAGUGAUAAAGGAUGAAAGCAGAGGAGUUAGCGUGAAGAGCGCUGCCCACCACCCAUGCGUGAUGCGCGUUCGUUUAGUGAUGUACCAUUCGUGAGCGGUGUCCGUGUGGGGUGGUAUUCAUCACCCUUCUUGUGAUGGUUGCGUAACGAAUAAUUCUUGAUUAAUGUAAUUAAGUGUAAUGAUGUUCUUUGCGUGAAUGAUGAUGAGUAACCGAACGUUCUUUACUGCUGUCUUGUGGUGGUGCUGUUACAGAGGCACUGUCUUCAUUUGCCGCCACUCUUGUCCUAAAUUGGUUGACUUGCCAUGGCUGUGGUGGUGCUAAAAUAACCUGCAGUGAUGAUGUGUCACGUCAUUGGGCAAAGAGUGAUGGACGCCACACCUCCAGUGAUGUUGUAUCUCAGUAUAAUUUCUUAGGCUAGUCUCUGUAGCUCCAAGCGAGCCCCCACACCACGCUGACGAAGGGACGUCGAAAGCGUCGCCUAAUGACAAUACUUAUAAAGCUGAUAUUUUGUGCUGAGUUUCUUAUUGUGAGAUACACGCAUUGUGCGCAGGAUGUUAGUGUCUGAACCAAGCUGAUCGCGGUAAAUUAUUAAUGGAUCUUUAGUUUCAAUAGUUAUACGGACAUUAUUUUGUGGUCACUAAAAAAAUAGUUGUCAAUAAUGAUCUUAGUGUCUGAGCCAAACUGAUCGCGGUAAAUUAUUAAUGGUUUUUUAGUUUCAAUAGUUAAUAGUUCACACCAACGAUGGGAACGGUUGCUGUAUUGCUCAAGAGCUUGUAUAACAUAACGCAGACUAGAGAAGUGAGCAAGUAAGUCAUUUCUUUUCGCCACCGUUUUAAUCGAGCUUCUCAAGUGAGAAACUCUGUCUAGUGCUUCUUAAUAGAUUUAUUGUGUAAAUAAAUUUGAAUUUUGAUCUGCAAUAUAGCAUCUUCUGCUGUUGUAGUGGCUGCACGAGUUUGCUGACCUUUUCAGAAACUCGAGAAAUCUUCCUGUUGUUGAUGUCAGGAUUAACUUUCCGUUUCUGAACGAGAGACAAUUAUUGCGGCAAAAAUAUAUUCUUCAACCCUGUAUAAAGAUUGAAUUAUCAUAUUCAGUCACAGCCUUUAAGUCUUGCUGUGUUCUAUUAAUUACGUCCCGCGAAAGAAGAAAUUGUUCCCAUUCCACAUCGUCGUUAAUAAAUCAUAACUAAACGUUGGGAGAAAUUUAAAUUCUCUAUCUGCGCUGAUGUCGUCGUCUUCUUAAUGGCUUGCAGUCGUGGUCGGUGAGCGAGAGUUUGAUUGGAACUAAAUUCGAUGUUCUAGCUUCCUCCUACGCCGGGCAGUACUGCGGCUACUGGCUAUUGAUGUUUGUCUUCACUUACGAAUUUCAUAUGAGCUUCUAUUUUCACUAAACUAACUUAUUGAACGAUAACUCAUUGACUCAAACGCGACGUGUUUAGGUUAUAUGCUAAAGAUCAAACCAGAUAUAUAAUUUUUGAGAGGCUGUUAUCACUUUUUCUUAACAUCGAAUCCAACUAAUUUAUGCUAAUACUAAACGUUCAUGUCGCUGUACGGACAUGGAACAAAUUUUUGUAAAGUUUUGAAAUUUAACAUAUAUGUGUGAGGUUCUAAGAAUUAUAAGUCUGUUACAUGAAUUUGUAUUGUAGGCGUCAUCUCGUAUGGAGUUAUCUUCUGCAAUGAUGCUAGACAAUUUUCAUGUAAAAUAUCGACAUUUUCCCCUGGCUAUACUGUUAUCAACUUGAUUCUAAAGCCUUUGCCUGUUACCGUGUUCAUUUGGUGUCGCUGCAUUUCGGAUAUCUUCGUUCCUAAGUUAAUUCUUAUCUAUGUACGAGAAGAUAAACCCACGAAAUUUUCUUUGGGAGCCGGACAAUCGGAGCCUUCGGAGGCGUAUUCUUAAACCUUAUCCGAACCUGGGGCCAUACUUUCAAAACUCGCUAAGUGAACGUAAGUACUUAUGA